AUGUGUGGGAAGGAACCUCAUGAGAUCCAUGGGAGAAUGUGUCUUGGCUUUGCGUUGGUGAGAGAUCCCGCUGCACAGGAGCCUCCAUGGAUGCGAUUGGCGGCGAAGCGUUGGACGGAAAUUGGGACGACAGCCUGGCUUUGGUAUAUAAGACCUCUGGAUUUCCAGGAGAUUUAUUAA